AUGUGGGAAUUGAGUGAAGGAACGAGGCCGAACUCUUUGGAAAACUGGGAAUCGAACUCCGAUCACACAAAAGGCGAGAUCGAUGGUGCAAGAGGCAGGAUCAUCGCUCUUACCGAUGGGGCAAGAGGCGAGAUCAUCGCUCUUACCGAUGGUGCAAGAGGCGGGAUCAUCGCUCUUACCGAUGGUGCAAGAGGCGAGAUCAUCGCUCUUACCGAUGGUGCAAGAGGCGAGAUCAUCGCUCUUACCGAUGGUGCAAGAGGCGAGAUCAUCGCUCUUACCGAUGGUGCAAGAGGCGGGAUCAUCGCUCUUACCGAUGGUGCAAGAGGCGGGAUCAUCGCUCUUACCGAUGGUGCAAGAGGCGGGACCAUCGCUCUUACCGAUGGUGCAAGAGGCGAGAUCAUCGCUCUUACCGAUGGUGCAAGAGGCGGGACCAUCGCUCUUACCGAUGGUGCAAGAGGCGAGAUCAUCGUUCUUACCGAUGGUGCUAGAGGCGGGACCAUCGCUCUUACCGAUGGUGCUAGAAACGAUAGCAUACGAGGUUUAUGA